AUGGAGAAGUGGAGGGCUUUGGCGGUGGAGGAGGCGCUGUCCAGGGCGCAUUCCUGGAUUCUCUUCGCGGCCGUGCUCUUGAUCGCCUCCUCUGCCCUCAGCAUCCAAUUCCGCCGCCUCGACUCCUCGCGGUGGAGCAUCCAGCGGCUCGAGGAGGAUUUUGUGGCCGGCCUCUCCAACGAUUCCAUCAGCGGCUUCCUCCUGGAGCUCACGCGGGAGCCCCAUGUCGCCGGGACGCCCCAGAAUUUCCACACCGCGAGGUUUGUCUAUGAGAGUUUCCAGGCGGCAGGGAUUCAAACGCACUACGCGGAUUUCGAGGUGCUACUCUCGUAUCCACUCCAGCGAUCGCUGUCGCUGCUCCUCCCGAACGGGUCGACGCUAUCGCUGGGCCUGAAAGAGGAGGCCGUGGAGGGCGAUCCUAGCACGAGCAAUCCAGACGUGAUUCCAACGUUUUUCCCCUAUGUUCCAUCUGGGACAGUGUGUGGAGAGGCCGUCUAUGCAAACUAUGGCCGUGCGCAGGACUUCGAAACUCUCAGGCAACGAGGGGUGGAUGUCCGUGGUGCGGUGGUCCUUGCGAGGAUUGGAAAGAUCUUUCGAGGGGAUAUCGUCGCGAAUGCGGCAGCAGCAGGGGCAGUGGCUGCGCUGGUGUUCUCGGAUCCUUUCGACUACGCAAAGAAUGGAACCGAGGGGUUUUAUCCAUCUUCGCAGUGGUUGCCACCCAGUGGUGUUCAGCGAGGAUCGGUGCUUCUAACCUCCGGGGAUAUUCUUACUCCUGGAUGGCCGAGCACUCCGAAUGCCGAGAGGGUGGACUUGUCCGAGACGAAGCUUCCAAAAAUUCUAGCACUGCCGAUCUCCGCACAGGAUGCUUUGCCAAUUCUCGCGGCUUUGGGUGGAGAAGUUGCUCCACCGGACUGGCAAGGUGGUUUGCGGCUGCCAGAGUACCGGCUUGGUCGGGGUCCGGCAAAACUCAACUUCAGCUAUGAAGGAAAUCUCACAGUGACGCCGAUUAGAAAUGUGAUCGGGAUGAUCAAAGGCUCCGAAGAACCAGACAGGUACCUACUGGUUGGAAACCAUCGAGAUGCAUGGACGUUUGGAGGAGCAGAUCCGAGUAGUGGGACUGCUUGCCUACUUGAGAUUGCACGAGGGUUUGGAAAGUUUCUCAAGCAAGGUUGGCAGCCGAAACGAACAAUCGUGUUUUGUAGCUGGGACGCGGAAGAAUACGGCUUGAUCGGAUCAACGGAGUGGGUUGAGCAGAAUCUGGACAUGCUCACUGCUAGAGCAAUCGCUUACAUCAAUGUAGAUAGAUCCGUGGGUGGUCCAAACUUUGAUGGUUGUGGAACACCUCAGCUCGAUAAUCUACUCAUGCAAGUCACUAAGAAGGUUAAAGAUCCCAAUUCAGUGUUCAAGAGCGUGUAUGAUUCGUGGUGUGCUUUGAACAGAAAUGCUACACCUGUGAUUGGCAGGCUUGGAGGCAGUAGGUCUGAUUUUUCCUCUUUUCUUCACCGUGCCGGUAUUCCUUCUUACGACUUGAGAUAUCAGACAAGUUUUCCUGUGUAUCACUCGUUAUACGAUGAUUACAAUUGGAUGAAAGGUUUUGGCGAUCCUCUGUUUCAGCGUCACGUUGCAGUGUCUGCGAUAUGGGGACUGCUUUCAAUACAUUUUAUAAAUGACGAUAUUAUUCCAUUUGACUACAGCUCUUACGCAAGUGUGUUGGAGGCCGAUGUAAGGGCCUUGAAAGGCCUCCUGCCAGAAGAUAUCGACGUUACACCAUUACUCCGGGCGAUUUCUGAGCUGCAGUCAGCUGCUAGGCAAAUCAAUGCGGAAGCCAGUAUGCUUGCAACAAGCACGAGCACAAGCACACAGUCGUCUCUAAAGCGCAGAUCCUUAAACGACCGGCUUAUGCUAGCUGAGCGCUCAUUCUUAGACCCAAUGGGGUUGGCACAGGAUCCUUCUAGUAAGCACUUGAUUUAUGGACAAACAACAAGUGACCUCUACGGCUCGCAGUCUUUUCCAGGUAUCAGCCUGGCACUGGCAAAUGCCUUGGCCAAGAUGGACAAGAGCACCUCCAGUGUGCUGCAACACGAGAUCUGGAAAGUAGCGAGAGCCAUCACAAAUGCAGCUCGAGUGUUGUCCGACAAUUUCCAUUGAUCUUGGAAGUACAUGUGAGCUUACAUUUUAUAAAGGAUAUGUCUACCAUUUUCUUUUUCUCUCUGUGUCACCACCAGAGAAGAGAGCUUUCAAUGGAAGAGCUGUGCAUUAGCUUGA